AUGAAGGCUCUCCUAGCCCUAGGGUUCCUCUUGCUCUCUGCUACCGUCCAUGCGAAGGUCUAUACACGCUGCGAGUUAGCCAAACUUUUGAAGGAAAAUGGCUUGGAUGGCUACAAGGGAAUCAGCCUGGCAGACUGGGUGUGUUUGGCUCAACAUGAGAGCAGCUUUAACACAAAGGCUACAAACUACAACUCUGGACCCAAAAGCACCGACUACGGGAUAUUUCAGAUCAAUAGCAAAUACUGGUGCAAUGAUGGCAAAACCCCGAAUGCAGUGAACACCUGUGGAAUAUCCUGCAGCGUUUUGCUCCAGGAUGACAUCACUCAAGCCAUCAAAUGUGCAAAGAAGGUUGCGAGUCAACAAGGCGUUACAGCAUGGGUGGCAUGGAAAACCCACUGUCAAAACCGAGAUCUCAGCCAGUAUGUCGCAGGCUGUGGAGUCUAACCGCUGUGCAUUUCCAGUUCAGCUCAUUCUGUCUCUUUCUUGCUCUAGAAGUAGUCAUGGGAAAGGUCACACUUCCUUGGUUUCCCCUUCAAACAAUCAGGGUAAACCAGAACCAGAAGCAAAAUGGAGACUGUUUCCUAAGUGGCUGACUGCUACCUUACCUGCUCAUUGUUUUAUGAAAAUCCUCCAUUUUUUGGUUAGCUGAUGCAGCAGAUGCUGUUAACAGUGACCAAACAGUUUGUCACCACACACAUCUGUAAAUUCUUCACCUAUGAUAUCAUUCACAUUACGUUCUAUCACAAUAAUUACUCUCCAUCUGCCCCUUGUUGGAUAUACAGACAACAAGUUCUUAAGGAGAUAAUUUGAUACUGGGUAAAAUGGCAGCUGUGUGAGCUACAGGACCUUGUGUGUGGCUCCAGCACUUAGACAAAACACUGCUGUGUGGGGCACGUUUGGUUUUAAGGGAAGACAACGGGCAGUUUGUAGAUCUGAGACUGCCUCAGCUUAGGAACAUGGUGUCAUGAAAUGUGUGACCUUUUCAAAAAGUAGAGAACUGUUCAAUUUAUACCACUUACAAUAUAAAUCCUUCACUCAUAGUCAGGCUGUUUUAAUCCUUAGGAGAAUGCUC